GUGCUGGUGUAAAGGUGUUUUUUUGGGGGAAGCAUAGCUAUGGCGUUUUUUUUUAUGGUCCUGUGGGUUGAAUGCGGUUAUGGCGCUGCAUGGUCGGUCGGUCGGUUUGGGGGGGGGGGACAUAUCCUUGGGUCCCGCUUUUGGUACUUUCUUCUCUUUUCUUUGCGUUUCUUUGUUCUUGGUUUUGCGGCGGGGGUUCGGAGCGAUGAAGUGAGAAGACGAUUGAUGCGGGAUGAUGAAAGUCAGGGGUUUGACACUUGAUGCGGAGAGACUGCACUGGGUAGAGGGAGAGGCAGGGAGAGGGAUACCAUUUCACGUGUUUCAGUCUUUUAGCUUUUAGAUUUUUUUAAUCCUUGAUCUGAGUUAUGCUGUG